AUGAAAACGAUUUCAAAAAAGAAUAGAGCAACUAAGAAGAAGUCAAGGGGAAAGAAGUCAAAGAAGAAGGAAACAGGAGCUUUUGAUGGACUUGCUGAUGCCUUAGGAGGCUCUUUAAAAGGUGUUGAAAAAUCAAUGAAGACUAUGGAGAAUGAAAAGAAUAGGCUUAAGAAUAGUGUGGUUAGUAAAAUGAAGAGAAGGAGAAUUGAGAAGAGAGAUAAAAUGUCUAAAAAGCUCGAAGAAGAUCAGCAAAAGGUGCAAGUUAUCAUGAACAAUGAUGCGUUUAAUGAGAACCCACUAGAUAUUCUCCUUAACCAUGUGACUAAUGUUGUGUCAACGAAAAAGAAAGAGGAAUAA